AUGUUCAAUAGCCGCCACCUCAAAAUGUUGAUCCUGCUGAGCGCUGAGCUGCUGCUGCUACUGGGCGCAGGCAUCCAGGGCUAUCCCUUGGACGAGAAGGACCUCUCCUCGGGCAUCGUUCACUCGGCCGGGUUGCUGGGCCACUAUGCCGGCGGCCUGACCGGCGGCGAGGCCUUGUCCAAGCUGGACUUUAGCUCAUCGUCCUCGCAUGAGUUGGGUGGCGAGCAGGAUCACCUGGGCUCGCUGGGCGACCACCUCAGCGAGGAGGGUUUCCCCUCGGACUUCGGCAGCAGCGAUGCCGGCGAGGAGUAUGCGGAGGCCAGCGAGCUGCACUCGCACUACGAGGAUGCCGGCGACCAUGACGAGCACAAGGCAGUGCCUGGCAUUGAUCACGGCAAGGGUGCCUUUAGCUACAGCACUCUGUAUGAGUUCAAGGAUCGCGAUGAGCACGAGCUGCAGCACAUCCAGCACCAGGCCCUGGAGCAGCAGGUGGAGCACCAGGUGGAGCAUCAGAUACUGGAGCAUCAGCACCAUGACCACCACCACGAGCUGAGCCAACUGGAGCACCUCUACUAA